UAAAAUUCCAGCCCACCUCUGGGAAUCUGCUGGCUCCUCCACACACUCUAACUGAACUCCAGUCAAAUUUUUACAGGAGCUAAAGAGACACAAAAUGAGAGGACUUGUUGUGUUGGCCACUCUGGUCUACUUUGCCACUGCUCAGCACCAGGCGCUGAUUGACUACUUGGAGAGGAGGCUGCUGGCUAUUGAGGACAGGAUCUCCCUGUGGCAUGAACAGACCGCCCGCUACGCCAUCGAGCUGCGGGAACUGAAACAACAGAUGGUUUCUCAGCUGGAGAACCUGGACAAAGAGAAGGAGACACUGCGGAUGAAUCUGGACGGCGUGGGGUCUCGGGUGGACCGUGUGGAGCGUGAGUUGGACUACCUGGAGACCCAGAACGGAGCUCAGCCAUGUGUGGAUGUGGAUGACAAACUGAUAGAGCAGCAGGUGACGCUGGUGCAGGAGAAGCAGAAGGCCAAGUAUUUCAAACUCUCAGACUGCGGGGACAUGAUCUCCAAUAUAAAAGCCAUGAAGAUCUUGAAACGAGUCGGAGGUCCAAAAGGCACGUGGACCAAAGACACCAACAGGGGCUCUGGGAAAGUCUUCAUUUUUAAUGGGACAGAUGAAGACACCAUUUAUGAGUUUGCGUCGGUGCAGGAGUUCAGCCGCUCCCUGGGCCUGACUCUGUCCAAGAAGCUGAAGCUGCCAUAUGCCUGGAAGGGAACCGGCCACGUCGUCUACAACAACUACGCCUAUUAUGUAAAUCAGGUGGAUGGGGUUAAAGUGGUGAAAUAUGACCUGAGGAACAGCUCUGUGACUGACAGUGCCAUGUUCCCAGAUCUGGACCCCGUUCCUGUGUACGGUCUGACACCAGAGACAGUGAUGGACUUGGCUGUGGAUGAGGAAGGACUGUGGGCCAUUUAUGCGACACGGCAGAACGAGAGGCAUAUCUCUAUGGCAAAAAUGGACGCAAAUUCAUUAGAUAUCGAGCAGAUGUGGGACACAACCUGUCCAAGAGAGAACGCAGAGGCAGCUUUCGUUAUCUGUGGCACAUUGUACGUGGUGUACAACACCAAGCAGCCUGGACGCUCGCGUGUCCAGUGUGUGUUUGAUGUCAACGGCAUGGUGAGCAAUGACGACGCUCCACUGGUGUACUUCCCAAAACGCUAUGGAGCUCACUCCAGUCUGAAGUACAACCCGCAGGAGCAGCUGCUUUACGCCUGGGAUGACGGAUACCAGAUCCUUUACAAGCUUGUCAUGAAGAAGAAACUUGAAAUCUGAGCCAAUAAAAACUCACCAACGACCUAAAGUCCCAACGCACCACGAGGGAUGACACCAGUACCUGUGCAACCUUUACAUCCUAAACUACAACUCAUGUGUACUUUGUACUCUGUAUGAAUCUGACCAUUUUCAGUGCAUCAUUUUUUAAUGUCUUGUUUUGUUUCAGUCCUUUCAUAUCAUUUUCUCCAUCAUAACAUCCGCACUUUUUUACAUCUUAAACAAAUCUAACAUUAUACACUGUGAUGAACUGUACAACUCACACCACUUUUGGAGUGUUGAAAGGUCUCUGUAUACUCUUUCAUACCGAUUUUCCACCGAGGCAGGUUGACUGCUGGUUAAGAACCUCAGUCAAAGAACCAUAUUACAACCAAGUGGGACCAACCCUGCUUGGUCUAGAACCAAUAACUGCUCACACUAGGGACUGAGGGUGGGAUUAGCAUGACCAACAAGACCACAUUAAAACUUUAUAACCACAAUUAAAGAAAAAACGUUGGAGUUGGUGGAAAAGCGUAGAGGUAUAGAGUGACAUACAGACGUGGGUCUAUACGGCGCUCAUGGAAAAGCAAACCGCAACGAUCUCCCAACUGGAAAAUGCACCAACUCAGAAUUAGCAUUAGCAUCCUAUUGGUGGAAAAGAGGUGUCAGAUGUGUAGACUGGACAUAAUUCCACAGCUGUAAAAGGCAUUAUGUGAUUUCUUCAUCUGAGACACAGUUUCAGAUUGCACUGCACCUCCAUCUUCAGAAACAUCACUUUGGAUAUUGACACAUUUACUGCAUUUACCUGUGAUUUCUUGCACCAUUGUUUCUUGUUCUGUUUUUUUUUUUUUUUGGUCAAACUGCGAAAACAAGGAAAGUCCUAACUUCAGUCAUAGCUUCCACAUGAGUAACAACAGCCCCGUUAAGAAAUGCAGAUUAUAAAGAGAACAAAAUUAAUUCAGUUGUAUUUCUGCAGUACUCAUCCUUUUCCCUCAAACCACUCAAAGAUGUAUAGGAAGCUGCAGUUAACCUAACUGUAUGACACUCUACAAGUCAACGCUUAGGUGAGGAUAGCAAAAAAUGAUGGUCUAAUAAUUUACAAUUAUGAGCCAAACUAUCUCUACAGACCAAAUCCUGACCAACUAUUACCACAACCAAUAGCAAAGGCUUCACAUGUACUUAUUGAACAUAAGUUAGACACAGUGACCAAACAGUAUCAGGCAAUGUAAAAAGCAGAAUUAUGACCACCACUCACAUUUUACUUGAGUGGUAACCAUGACAGCAUGGCCCCUCCCACAGCUCUGAGCUGCAGUAAAUAGAAAUAGAGGGUAAACUACAACAAACAGCUAGCUGGCUAGCAUCUUACUUUGUCUGUGUGAUUUUCCAAUGAAUCAAGCACAUAUGGUUUCUGUAACGUUAAUAUUUUCAUCAAUGAAUUCUCCAUAAUGAACAAAAAUGCACCACUAUUUGCAAUAGAAUUAUUAAUCAGUGAAAUUGUUCAUUCAUUUAGUUACUGUGUGAGUUUUGCUUAAACUAUGCAAAAUGUCCCACAAUCACCUACUCCUAUUUCUGCCUAAUUAUUGUUCACUAUGAAAUAAAUGGCAAACUACACCUUU